CACAUAAUCGUCUCUCUAGUCCGCACCCAGGGUGUAGGGUUCUUGACGAACAUGCGCAGGAUGAACGUCAUGCUGACACGAUGCAAAAUGAGCAUGAUCAUUUGCACGAACCGUGAUUUCGUGACGAAGGGUAAAGCAGCAGACACGCUAGUCGGGCAGCUUGCCCUUACCGUGGACCCUGAUGCCUGGUUGGACAGUCAUGAUAUAGUCAAUGGUAUCUUAAGGUGAUUUGGACUAUUUACCUCGCACUUCUUGGUUGGGUUUUGCAACUUUCUUGUCGCA